GGUAUUUUUGAAAGCGCUUCCUGAUAAUGUGCUUUACUUAGUUAACCUUGGCGAAAAGUUCCCGUAUAUGUAUGGGACUAUUUUUCUUUCGCAAAACUCUACCUAUUCUAUAAUUAGGAUUCCAAGAAGUGAGCCAUUAUUUUACUCCUAUUAACAAUGAGCUUAAUAUCAUACCUCACAAUUGUUAUAUAUUAUUUUCUCAUCUCUUGGCGAAAAGUUUUAUAAAACUUAGUUUAGUUGGUUGUAUAAAUAUCAAUAAAUAAUUGAAUUUUAGACCCGAAUGAUUUUGCAACCAAUCAAUCCUAGAUUAUGGCUAAGAAGACUUUAUUAAAAUCUUCGUUUACUUUGAGAUAAAAUUUAUAUUCAAUAUUAAAUAAGUAUCUGAAACUCAUGGUAAAUAUAUUAAGAGACAUUUAGACGAUUUGGUGUUUCUGAUGAUUAAAACACAUUCAUAAAUAACAAAGUUAAAAGCAAAUUUUCAAUAAUGAUUUCCUAUAAUCUUGAAAGUGAUUUGAUUUCUCCAAUGGUUAAAAUUAGAUCAAAAGAAAUUAAUACCAGUAGGAGAUAUUCCUUUGUUGAACAAAAUCCUUAUUGUCAGAGUUCAAUUAAUCCAGUUGAUGAAGUUAACUUAGGGUUCCUUGAAGAGUUCGUAGAAAAGGAGAAACAAGAUAAAAUCAACAGUUCAUCAAAUAAGGAAGGAAGAAGAACAGACUUCAACUCAAAGUAUAUUCCUGAAAGUACUUUAUUAAUGAAAAAGCUCACCAAAUCGCUGCAAAAUGUGUCUCAGAGAUUUUCAUUUUUCACCACCGAUUCUAACGAAAUAAUCCAUUCCCCAUCCCUUUCUGGUUUGGUUGAUUCUGAACAAAGUAUUUCAAAACUAUUUAAAAACCCAACUUGGUGGUUAGAUUGUAGUUGCCCAACAGAUGUUGAAAUGAAAGUGUUGGCUAAGGCGUUUGGAAUCCAUCCUUUGACAGCUGAAGAUAUUAGAAUGCAAGAAGCUCGUGAAAAGGUCGAACUAUUCAGAAACUACUAUUUUGUUUGUUUCCAUACUUUUGAAGCAGACAAAGAAUCUGAAGAUUACUUAGAACCAAUCAAUGUUUAUAUGGUUGUGUUUAGAGAAGGGAUCUUAACAUUUCAUUUCUCUCCAAUCACACAUCCAGCCAAUGUUAGAAGAAGAGUUCGUCAAUUGAGAGACUAUGUUGAAGUCACAGCUGAUUGGUUAUGUUAUGCGUUAAUCGAUGACAUUACCGAUUCGUUUGCUCCAGCCAUAUCAUCUGUCGAGAAAGAAGCUGACAAUAUUGAGCACUCUGUCUUUGUGAGUCCUUUAGAUUAUGGAAAUAUGCUCUUGAAGGUCGGUAUGUCAAGAAGAAAGGUAAUGAAGCUUAUGAGAUUAUUAUCAGCCAAGGCAGAUGUAAUUAAAAUGUUUGGGAAUAGAUGUCAGUCUUCUACUGCAUCUAAAGAAAUUCCUAUUGAAAAUGAAAAUGACAAUAUAGUUCAUCCAGGAGCCGAUAUUGCAUUAUAUUUAAGUGAUAUUCAAGAUCAUGUGGUUACUAUGUUCCAAAAUUUAAAAGGAUAUGAAAAGAUUUUCUCAAGAAGUCAUGCUAAUUAUUUAGCUCAAUUACAAUUACAAUCAAUAAAAUCCAACAAUCGAAUUACAGAUAUGAUAUCAAGAGUUUCAUUGAUUGGUACAGUUAUGGUCACUACAAAUAUUGUUACCGGGUUGUUUGCCAUGAAUGUUACUGUCCCCGGUGAACAUACUGGUGAUUUAAUCUGGUUCUUCACUAUUUUUGCAAUCAUGAUUGUUGCUACUGUAGCAUGUUACUACUUAGGUAAGAUUUUGAUCGAUAAAGUUAAAGAUACAGAUCUCAAAAGUAAGUGAAUUUGCACCCUAAAAAUUAUUAUUAUUUUUAUUUUUUUUGUUUAGUUUAAUAUACACCAAUUUUUCUUAA